GGUUAUAACUGCUGCGCAAUCAGAGGUCCCUUUGGGCUUCAGUUAUUAAUUUUUUUCUUUUUAAUUCUAGUGGAGACUAGAUCUCGGAGCAGGCUGAAGGACCAAGAGAGGACUUCUUCGCGAGUUCUCAUCAGUCUUUUAAGCUUGCCUCCGGGAUGAAGAAGAUUUUCAAUUUCGGCAACAAGAAAGGUCAAUCUCCAUCUUGUUCCUUUGCCACCCCGCCGAGAGACUGUGGAGCCAGAGCAUCCGACCCCAACUCAGGGUACCUCAUCAGGGACAAAGACCUCGGGAAGCUCCACAAAGCUGCCUGGAUCGGGGAUGUGGCAAAAGUGCAGAAGCUGCUGCUGCUUAGAAAGCACAAUGUAAACGAUGUAGAUAAAAUGAAGCGGACGCCUCUACACCUGGCUUGUGCUAAUGGAUACCCAGAUGUUGUGUCUCUAUUAGUAGAGAGAAAAUGCAAGCUAAACUUAUGUGACAACGACCGUAGAACACCUUUAAUUAAGGCAGUGCAGUGUCAGCAGGAGGAAUGUGCAACAAUCCUACUUGAACAUGGUGCAGACGCUAAUCUUGUGGACUUGAAUAACAACACUGCACUUCACUACGCUGCUUCUGGUCUGAACAAAGCCAUAGCAACAAAGCUUCUUAAACAUCAAACCGAUAUUGAAGCAAAAAACAAGGAAGGCUAUACACCACUUUUGCUUGCAAUUACAGAAAAUAACCCUGAUAUGGUAGAUUUUUUUUUAAAGAAUGGAGCAAAUGUGAAUGCCACGGAUAAGUCCAAAAGAACAGCCCUUAUGAUUGCCGUUAGCAGUGAACCAACAAUCAUAGUAAGUCUUCUUCUUCAGUAUGAAGCUCUUGACCUUUCUUGCCAAGAUAUAUAUGGAUGGACAGCUAAGGAGUAUGCUAUUGUCAGUGGUUAUCCCAUUCAUAGCCAACUAAUUAGUCAAUAUGAAAUACGUAAGGAACAAAAUCAGCACCUUUCGCCCCAAAUCAGCUGUUCAGAGAGGGCUUCUGGUACUGAAUUUACUUUGGAGGAACCUGCCCCAGACAAAGAAGAUUCUGUUCGUCUUUUGAAAAUUCAGGCUACAGUUCUCACUGAACGAUCAGUAAAAGUUAAGAAAACAGGAUGUACACAACUCACCAGAAAAGUUAAGAGCUUAGAAAAUAUGAUUACUGGACUACAGGAAGAAUUAUCAAAAACAAGAGAAAUGAAAUCCCAAUCUGAGCAUCGUAACAUUGAAUGGUGCAGAGAACCCUGUAGACCCAGGUUUAAGAAGAGUGAAAAGGCAAAAGACAACUUUUUGGAAUCAGAGUGCCAAAGUUUUGCAAGAAAGGAUUCUGAAUAAUCAUCUUUUAAAACAGAAGGAAAUAGAAGAAACUAAUUCCAAAAUGUUUCAGAGUUUUGAGGUUCCUGAUAGUCAUGAAAUAACGUCUUCUGCAUAAAAAUCAAAUCCCAAAAGAUGAAAUUGUCAAUCUUAACGUGGAACCAGACGAUAAAAAUUAAGGAUCAGGAAAAAUAAAAUGUAACAAAGAAAAUGAAGUUUUAAAAUAAAAGAAUGAGGAGCUUCAAAAGGAAUUAAAACUAAAGGAAAUAUUAACCAACAAUAUUUCAGUAUAAUUGACAAGUAAAUAUUCUGAUAACUGAGAAUGCAAUGCUAGAGUCUAGAUUGGAGAGUGAAAAGCAAAACGGAUACAUAAUACAGACCGAAAGUGAAUCAAACUCUUCCCAUAUAAAUCCUGCUAUUCUUGAUAUUGAUGUCAGACAUCCAGUUUAGAACUUGACAAUAUGUUUUAAUGAAAACAAGGCUACAUUUACAGGACAAACGAAGAUAUAACAAUGAUGUCCUAAAAAGCUGCUAAAGCUGAAAGUAAAACUAAUAGUUUAGAAAAUGAGCCAAGUAUGUGGUUUCCUCAGAAAAAAGACUAAUUUUAGAAAGCACACAGAAAAAAAUCAAAACAGAAUGGCUCCUAUAGUCACAGCUAUCUACAAAUGAAUUAGAAGAUCAUAUACAGAAAUUCUAAGUACCAUCUUCAGUAAGGACCCUCUGUUCCACGAAUCCUCUCCCUCUUCAUUUCCACCUCUUACAAUCCCAAGAUCCACUCAAAGCUUACCCAAAAAAGCACUACAUGUCUGUAUUAAUUCUUGUAACACCUUUCCUUACGUACUUUGUAUUUACUCUAAAUAUACUGCAUACAUUUAUUUACCUGUA